AUGCCUCCAAAGAAGCAAGUUACAGCAUCCCUAGCGUCCCUAAAGCCGACAGACAAAGUCCCAUUACCCAACUUUCUACGCCUUCUCAACGAUGAAGGCAUGUCGAUGCCAAAUGCUAUGGCGGUAGCAGCAAAGAAAUAUAGUUACAAAUCUCAUAACACGCCAGAGAAACUCGGGGCUCUCGACGCUGCGUCAUUGGUCAAAUUGGGAAUCGAAGACAAGGACAGACGGACGGAGAUCCUGGACGCGUUUAGGAGAUUUCAACCAAAGGGCGUCUCUCCAUCUAAACCCGCCACCCCCGCUCCUGUCGCUUUGACCUCGCGCAGUCGCAUCGUUGGAGGUGAAGAGGACGCGUUUUCUUUUUCAAGCGAGCCAGAGGUAGUUGAGAAAGAGGAUACGCAAGGCAAAACGGACAAGCAAAGGCAGGAGCGAGCACUAAACAUCGACCAACGAAGGAGAGCUGCCCUUGACGCGUUUCAAAAAUCUCUUGGCAAGCAAGACAAGGAUGCCUCGCCGAGCAAGAAACGAAAGAGAGGGGUGGACAAUGACCCUUUCUACGAUGCCCUCGCUCCGCCUCCGGCAGACCCACUGUCAAGUGGUAUAGAGAGCUUCGAGUUUCAUGAGAUCACGGAUGAGGAGAUAUUAGCGACAAAGCAUGUCAAGAUUAAUCGAGCACCAAUUAUGAUGGCUUGGAGUUGUGUGGUUGCUGAAAAGCUGGGUUUUGCACGGGAAGAGGCUCUAUCAAUUGCGUCUGCAUAUACCGAAAUGAACGCCGUGACUAGAGGCGCCAACCUUGGGAUAUACGACAAGCAAAAGCAGAAAGGAAUGGAGCCGGGUAGCAAUACAGCCCAACCGCACGUUGAGCUGAUGGGUCGAAGGAUACCAUUAUUUCAGACAGAGAAUGGACAAUGGAGGGCUCUCAUGAAAGGGGAUCCAGUAUCUCCCGCGAAGGCAUUUGGGUACAUUACGCGCUCGCUCGCACAAAUGACGCCUUAUGUCGUAGGCGCAUUACAGAUAGUCGCAAAUUCGUACGAAGACCCGCAACUUCUGAAUCAGCGGGGAUACAAUCUCUACUGCGACUUUCGACCAGAGAAUGCAGGUUGGGGCGUGGUCGGCGACGUCAAGCUUUCGAGUAUUCUACGUAAUAAGUAUAAGUCAAAGCCUGCAGUUACAGAAGCAAAGGAGACAACUAAUGUAUCAAAGGAAGCCAAACCAGCUGGAGAGACGUUUGAAGAAUUUGAGGCCAAAGAGGAAGCCGAAGGAGGUUUUACGCUGUGGGAUCUAAACUUUGAGGGCCAAAUAAACACAAACAGGAACCCGGCCAUAAAGAAGCUAUUCGGAGCAAUGGGUCGAGUUAUCCGCACACAGAGGCGUUCGCAUGCCAUCUUCAAGGCGCAUACGCACCACAACAAGGCACCAGCACGCCUACGACCGCUCGACUUUGCUGAGCGAAAUGGUUACAUUCGGGGAAUCGUCAAGGACAUUAUCCACGACGCUGGACGAGGUGCCCCACUUGCGCGCGUCGUCUUCCGCGAUCCAUACCGCUACAAGCUGCGCACAGAGACAUUUAUCGCCACCGAGGGAAUGCACACGGGUGCCUUUGUCUACUGCGGAAAGAAGGCGGCAUUGGCUGUCGGAAACGUGAUGCCAGUGGCCAACAUGCCCGAAGGUACCAUCAUCUGCAACGUUGAAGAAAAAGUGGGUGACCGUGGUGCGCUUGCACGCACGUCUGGCAACUAUGCCACCAUUAUUGGACACACCCCCGAAGAGAACAAGACUCGCAUUCGUCUCCCAUCUGGCGCAAAGAAGACUGUCAGCAGCAACGCUCGCGCGACUGUCGGUAUCGUUGCGGGUGGUGGUCGUAUUGACAAGCCAUUGCUCAAAGCUGGUCGUGCGUACUAUAAAUUCAAGGCCAAGCGCUACAACUGGCCUCGUACUCGUGGUGUUGCGAUGAACCCAGUCGACCAUCCUCAUGGUGGUGGUAACCAUCAGCACAUCGGAAAGGCGUCCACCAUCUCCCGACAAGCCGUCCCCGGUCAGAAAGUCGGUCUUAUUGCUGCUCGCAGGACCGGUCUCUUGCGUGGUACUGUCAAGACAAAGGAGGUCUAA